AUGACAAUGAAGAUGAUGAAUGACACAGCCAUGGUCAAGUCUCUGCUGCUGUUGAUGUUGGGACUCACCCUCCUAAGAGAGGGGAUGGCUCGGAAAAAUCCCAAAGUGGGGGAUGCUACCCUCCUAAAUCCUGGGAAUUGUCCCCCUCUGGAGGACAACAGUGUGAGAGUUGACAUUCGCAUCCUCAGUCAAAACCAGGGAGUUUCCAUCAGACAUGACUUCCAGAACCGCUCCAUCUCCCCCUGGGAUUACAACAUCACCCGGGACCCCAAUCGGUUCCCUUCGGAGAUCGCAGAGGCACGAUGCAGGCACUCAGGCUGCAUCAACGCCCAGGGGGAGGAAGACAGCUCCAUGAACUCCGUUCCCAUCCAGCAAGAGUUCCUGGUUCUCCGGAGGGAGCCCCAGGGCUGCUCUCGAUCCUUCCGGCUGGAGAAGGUGCGGGUGACCGUUGGCUGCACCUGUGUCACCCCCAUCGUCCGCUAUACAGCCUGAGAGCUGCCAUCAAGUCAA